UUUUUUAUACGUCAGUUAAAUUAUAUUGAGGUAACUGGAGAGCCUUAAAAAGAAAAUAUCCUGCUCCCGUUUGCGCAUGCGCGUCUGCCCCUUCAAAACCACCUUCCUCCCCCGCUGCAAAAAACAGCACCUGCAUUCUGGCAUUCAUGGUGAAACAUUCACGGGCUCGGAGCGGCCGGAGAUGCGCAAGAGGCAGCAGAUGCAGGUGCACCAGGAAGCCGCCGCCGCCGCCGCCUGCCUGCACGCCCGACACGGCCGCCACGCCAUGGCCGACGCCCCCGCCAACGCCCCCGGAAACGCCUCCAACGCUUGCUGCUUCUGCUGGUGCUGCUGUUGCAGUUGCUCCUGUUUAACUGUUCGGGGUGAAGACGAGACAAUCCAGAGGUCGACUUGCGAUCGCAGGAUGGACGCUGCAAACAACUGUGAAGAGAGACCCAAACCCACCCUGGAGGACGCUCGGUCCUGGACGACGUCCUUCGAGAAGGUGAUGAAGAGCGCGGCGGGCCGCGGCUGCUUCCGCCAGUUCCUGCGCACCGAGUUCAGCGAGGAGAACAUGAUGUUCUGGCUAGCCUGCGAGGAACUCAAGAAAGAGACCAACAAGACGGUGGUGGAGGAGAAAGUGCGGCAAAUAUACGAGGACUUCAUCUCCAUCCUCUCCCCGAAGGAGGUGAGCCUGGACUCGCGCGUGCGCGAGAUGAUCAACCGCAACAUGCUGGAGCCCACCUCGCACACCUUCGACGACGCCCAGCAGCAGAUCUACACGCUGAUGCAGAGAGACUCGUACCCGCGCUACAUCAACUCGGCCGCCUACACCGAUUUGCUCAAGAGUCUGGAGGAGCCUCUGCCGGCGCCGCCACUCCCAAAGCCAUAGAAGACUCACCAUUAGCUUAAAUGAAGAAAAAAAAAUGGCGGCACGUGUCCUGAUGAAGUUCUAGUUGUACAUCCCGCAAACCCCUGCUUGCCCACAAAUGUCUAUUUUUCUACACUCCUUUGCGCUUUACGUUGCACUUUUCUAACUCGUUUCCGGGAGAGGCCGCCAUUCUUCGCUAUCUUUUAGCAAUUUAGAAGACGGAGUGUGCCUUUUGGGACAACACCUUCCACGCGGGGGACACUUUUCCAGGACAUCCCGACAGGUGCCACAUGACUUUGGUGCUGUUCAGCUUUUUUCUCCAGCUUACAUUUCUCGAAUAUAAUAAUACAGAUGAUCCGUCUUAUCUGGACAGAGAGAUACCUAUAAAUAGCAAUAUAUACUGUAGUUAGUUCGAUCUAUGUAGUUCCAUCUGUUGAUAUACAGUAUAGGCCGCGCAUCUCGAUACUGUGAUCUGCGGAGAGGAAAGGCGACGUAAAGAAACGCGGCCGCCGCUAUAGUUGUAGUGUAUCGGGGUGAAAUGUUUGUGUGAAAGCAUUGAAAUAAAAAGCACAAUCGUGUC